AUGCGCCUAUCCACCGGCAAUUCGCCUUCAGUUUUCAUCGUCGCCGUUUUCCUCACCGCCUUUCUCAUCCCCGCCGCCCGAUCCGAGACUAGUCUGCUGAAGCUACCGUCGGAUCAGCCAGAAAAUGACAUCUGUCCGCCAACUUCGGAAGCGGAUAUGUGCCCGGUGAAAUGCUUCCGGCCAGACCCGGUUUGCGGGGUGGACGGCGUGACCUACUGGUGCGGGUGCGCGGAAGCCCACUGUGCGGGAGCGCGAGUCAAGAAAUCCGGGUAUUGUGAAGUGGGCAAUGGCGGGUCGGGCCCUGCGGGUCAGGCUCUUCUGUUGGUUCACAUCAUAUGGCUGAUAUUGCUCGGGGUAUUCGUAUUGUUUGGGUUGCUUUGA